UCGCGGGAGUAGUCCAAGAGUGUCACCGGUCAAAUCUCCGCGCCGCGACCCAAAAGGGGAAAAGGGGCACGGGUAAAGAAGUCUCGCGAGGCUCGAGGUGCUCUCGCACCUCUAAUCCCGCCCCGCUCCCCUGCUCCUCUUGCUAGGGAGGUAAAGUGAGUAGCCCGCCCCCCACUCCGGGAUGGGGGUUGGAUCCGGCCGCCUCCCCUAGCUGCUGUCUGUGCCCGGCCUUGCCGUCACCUGCUGAGGAGACCUAGCCCGGCGCUGCGGCCCCGCAGGGAGAAGUGGAGCCCGGCCCUCCGGGGGCAGCCGGCGCCCCGCCGGCAGAGCCCGCCCACAUCCCGACCGGGAGGCGGAGGCGGCGGCGGCGGCGGCUGCGGCAGAGGAGGAGACGAGAAAAUGAGCUGCACAAUUGAAAAGGCUCUUGCAGAUGCUAAAGCGCUUGUUGAACGAUUAAGAGACCAUGACAAUGCAGCAGAAUCUCUGAUUGAACAAACUACAGCUCUCAACAAGCGAGUUGAAGCAAUGAAACAGUAUCAAGAAGAAAUUCAAGAACUCAAUGAGGUUGCAAGACACCGACCACGAUCUACAUUAGUUAUGGGAAUUCAGCAGGAAAACAGACAAAUCAGAGAAUUGCAGCAAGAAAAUAAAGAAUUACGCACAUCUCUUGAAGAACACCAGUCUGCUUUAGAACUCAUAAUGAGCAAGUACCGAGAGCAGAUGUUUAGGUUGUUAAUGGCCAGCAAAAAGGAUGACCCAGGUAUUAUAAUGAAGCUAAAGGAGCAACAUUCCAAGAUUGACAUGGUACACCGUCACAGCCCUGAAGGAAUCUUCCUUGGUGCACCUCGACGAAUCCUUGAAGCAACUCAACAUGGACUGGAAAGAAGGCACUUGGAAGCAAAUCUGAAUGAAUUACAAGUACAUGUGGACCAGAUUACUGAAAUGGCAGCAGUAAUGAGGAAAGCUAUUGAAAUUGAUGAGCAGCAGGGUUGCAAGGAGCAGGAACGAAUUUUUCAACUUGAACAAGAAAACAAAGGCUUGAGAGAAAUCCUUCAAAUAACUCGAGAAUCAUUCCUGAGCCUUAAGAAAGAUGAUGCAUCAGAGAGUACAUCUUUGUCAGCACUGGUAACCAGCAGUGAUUUGAGCCUGAGGAAGAGCUGAAGAACGUGGAAAAUUGCUGAGCUUCUAUUGCACAGCUCCUAAUAAGGAACCAGGGUUUACUUAAAAAGUUGUUAAUGAAUUGAGCACUAGAAAAUCACAAUCUUAAAUCAGCCUUUCAUUUCAUUCUUUUUAUAUUAUGUAUAGUACACUGGCAGAUGACAUUUUAAAAAGAUAUUAGCAGAAGAUCAAUAUUUGGUUGUCAUUGACUUUAUUAUUCCUAUAAAAAUUAAUAGGAAAGUGGAAACUUUAAGCCAUUGUUAUUAGGUAAACAAAUAAAAGUUCUAAUAUAUAGAAACUACUGAUCAUACUAGGCCCCUGCCACGCUGUUAUUUUUCCUAACUUUUUUAUCCAGAUAUUAAAUAUAUAAAGCUCUACAUAGAAUUUAUGCAGUUAUACCAUUUUUUAAAAAUCCACAUUGUCUUAGCUUGGACUUUAAAAAGGAAAUGUGUCCAUUCCUAAAUUUGAUCUCUAUUUGAUAUGAAGGCUAGCAAAUGGUAUUAUAUUUUACAUGUACUGGGCCUGCCUUUACAUUUCUUAAGAAAUGCCUUUCAAAGGUGUCAAGAUUAUUAAAAAAAAACUUUUAAAAGAUUGAUGUUUUGAUUUUGUGGCAUAGGCCAUAAAUUGGUUAUAUGUUUGGUCUUCAAGCCUAGAUCCUAAGAGGUGCUUUUGUUUAAGCCAGCAACAUACCAUAGUUGAUCAUGACAUUUUGGGUAAUAACUGUCCAUAACUUACUGAAGGUGAAGAAAUGUAGAAACUAUCUUUUCAGUAAUGAAAAAGAAAGCUAUACUCCUUUCUGAGAAAGAAAACCAUGUAGAAGACAAAGAUUAUUCAGUAGGUUGAACUACUACUUUAGAAGGGGGGGAAGGUUAGGUUUGGAUUCCUGAAUAAAUAUUAAUUUUAUCAGGUUUGUUUUCUGGUUGAUUUUAGGAAUAUUAACCUAUCCAUUACCCAUUUGUCCCAGUUGGAAGGCCUGAUAUAGCAAGCCAGGAAUAAGAUUUCAAGUGGGCCAAAAAAAAAAAAAUCAAUUCAUUUAUUUUAGCCUUGUAUAAUAGUAAACAUCAACUUUCACCUGGUUUAUAAAAGAAACCUUUAUUCCUUAUAAAGACUCGUUUUUCUUAUUAGAUGCCAACAGGAGCAAAGAAACUGUAAUUGUAGGUCUCUCUGAAUCUGCCCUUGAACUGAUCUGUUCCUAAUAAGUUUCAUAUUUUUUAUGGCCAUCAUACUGAAACAGAUAUUUGGGAAUAGUUCAUUUUCUUGGAUUUUAUAUAAACUGCAAGUUAUGAAUUUCAAAACAGAAAACCAAGUAAAGAAGUAAUAGAAGUUUCGGUUAUUAUUUAAAUAGACAAUAAAGUAGAAACCAAGCUUUCUCAAAUUAGCACAGAUUGCAAAUUUCAUUUAGAUCAUCUGUUGGAAGAAAUACUACUCUUAUAACAGAAUCUGUUAGUGUGUGAAGACUCACAUAUUGAUAAGAGUAAAAGCAACAACUACUUACUCAAACUUACCUUCCCAAACAUUGGGUGUUUCUUUUUUAUUUAAAAUAAAACCUUAUUCCAGAGGCCUUAGUGAAGAUUAUCAAUAAAAAAGAUAUUUUUUCUUAAAAUUGUUUGGUAACUGUCUUCUAUUUUGAUUAAGAAGCAGUACUUGACUUGGUGGAAGAUUUCUCCAAAUAAUUUUGAUUUUAUCCCAUUUAAUUUAAGAAAAUAAAACAAGCUGCACUGUUAAGAUUUAGUAUGUGGCAAUCUUGAGGCAGCUAUAUUGCUUGAUGAGUAUUUUUGUAAAUAAAGUUAUGAUUUAAUUUAUCUCUUCUUGCCCGUCAUAGAUGUAUUGUGUUUUUUGAGAUUUAAUUUUAGGGUUUUGCAGAGUUUCAUUUUGUGUAAUAAGUUUUCAUCAUAUACGCAUUAUUUUUGUAAUCCAGAAGCUUGAAAUGUGUAUUUGAGAUGUGUACUGUAUUAAUUUUAUCAAUAAAGAUGAUUGAUAAAAUUAG